CUCAGCGAUGGUGUGAGGAGCUGCUGCAGUCCAGAGUCUGCAGCUCUCCUCUCAGGGACAGUCUUCUGCAGCCCUUCUCUGGUCACAGGCCUGCCUGGCAUCUCUCAUCCAUACCAUUCCUCUAUCCAUCCACCCAUCCUUCCCCCUGUCAUGAAAGGCCUGUCCAGUAGUCGGAGUCACCAUCACGUGGUCUCCUAUGAACCAUCAUAUGAUCUACUGGGUCACCAUGUUGACCGCAAGCCAUAUCUGAUCAGUCAGAAUGACAUGCCUGUGCCCAUCCCCAUGCCGCAUCCAGCUGAGCUGUCCUACUACAAUGCUCAGCGCUCCCCGUACCCCUCUGACAGCAACAGCAUCGUACCAUACGGAACCUUCCCAAGGAGGUGCCACUCCACCUCCUCAUCUCACCAUCCUGAGGUAAAGGAUGAGUGUAUGGCCAUGGUACCAUAUGUAGGAGGAGGAGGGGGAGGAGGAGGAGGAGGUGGAGGAGGCUAUGGAGGUAAAACGCCCACCCGGGUACCAGCAAACUUUGCGGACCCGUUUGAGCGUCAGCCGUCAUUUUCCAGAGACGGCUACCAUACACUGCAGUACAAACGCGGAGUGCUGGCCCACAGUGGGGGGAUGGGGGCCAACAACAACAACAAUGACAGCCCAGGGAGAAUUCGCCACCUUGUCCAUUCAGUCCAGAAACUCUUCACCAAGUCACAUUCAUUGGAGGGGCCACACCACACACAGUCCUCCAAGGGGGCCAAUAAUGGGAGCGUUAAUGGUGGUGGUGGUGGUGGAGGAGGUGGUGGUGGUGGUUCAAGGGCCAGCCCAGAGGGUGAAACUCCACCAGUGGGAGUGCGUCACCGGAAGCGCAGCAAGAGCCGUGAGCGCUGUCGAUCAGCAGAGCCCAAGCAUCGAAGCCACCACCACCACCACCACCAGCUCCACGGCUCAGCAUCUGCUCCAGGCUCCGGAUAUUGGAGUUCAGAUGACAACCUGGAACGGGAGCUGUGUCUCUACCACCCUCACCACCACCAACCUCCGCCCUCACCCUCACCCUCCAUUUCCCCCUCGCCCAUCGCCAUGACAAUGGGCCGGUACCCCGGCAACAACCACGACAAGUUCCCCCAGACUCCCCUCCCUAGUCUCUCCUCCUCGCAGUCCCAGCAUUACUUCAUGAUGGACCCUUACGGCACACUUAACGAGCACACGCACACCCACGCACACCAUGGCCACACACACCACCAUUCUGCACUCAAAGCCUCCCGGAGCAACAACGAUGUGAAGUACGCAGCGUCGUCGGCAUGUGUGCCAGUUAGUGGUAGCAGCAAUAACACCAGUGGCGGUAUCGUUGGAGGAAGUGGCCCCUUGAUGCCAAUGGGUCUUGUGGACGGGCCCAUUGUGAAGAAAGGGGCAUGGUCAUCAAGCCUAACGGUGAGCAGGGCCCGAGAGGUCUACACCAACAACAGCAGCCACAACCAGCUACGAGCCAGCGCAGGAUCCGGUAACCUAAACCUAGAUAGAGCUCUAGUCAAAUCUAAGGGCAGUCAGCAGCAGGAGCGCUCUUGCCAUUUCUUACAGGUACCUCAGGAUGAGUGGGGCGGCUUUUCUCCACUGGGGAAGGAGGAUGACAUCCCCUGUCGGAGGAUGAGGAGCGGCAGCUAUGUCAAAGCCAUGGCUGAGGACGACAGCGGAGACUCUGAUGGGAGUCCCAAACCUUCGCCCAAGAUCCAGGCGCGCCGGGCCAGCUACCUGAAAGCCACACAGCCGUCUCUGACUGAGAUGACCACUCUACAGAUUUCCACGGAGCACUCCCCCAAACUGCAGAUCAGGAGCCACAGUUACCUGCGUGCGGUGAGUGAGGUUUCAAUCAAUAGAAGCCUGGAUACCCUGGACCCCAAAACCCUCCUCGACCCCAAAUCGCUGCUGUCCUCACCCCAAUACCGCUCACGCAAUGAAAGCUACAUGAGGGCCAUGAGCACCAUCAGUCAGCUCAGCGAGGUGGAGGUGAACGGGCAGAUCGAGCAAGUGUGUGAGCAGGUCUACAGCGAGAUGCAGGCCCAGGCCAUGGAGGCUGCCAUGGACAGCAUGGACACCAUGGACACCCUGCCCAUGCCGGGGUGCUUCCGAAUGCGGAGCCACAGCUAUGUGCGUGCCAUUGACCAGGGCUGUGCAGGGGAGGAGGAAGGAGAAGGAGGGAGACCAUUGCUCCUGCUGCCAUCCUCCCCACCACGCACAUCUGCCACCACUGUCAGGACAAUCCAGAGCAGCACAGUUUCAUCAUGCAUCACCACCUAUAAGAAAACCCCUCCACCAGUGCCACCCCGAACAUCCACCUGCUCCACAGCCUCCAAGCCCUACAUCUCCAUCACAGCCCAGAGCAGCACAGAGUCUGCACAGGAUGCAUACAUGGAAGAAGAGGGACCCAGAGGUGACAUGACCAUCCAGUCGGGGCUCAGUAACUCAACAGAAAGCAUCGACAGCAUGAAGGCCCUGACUGCUGCCAUAGAAGCUGCUAAUGCACAGGUCCAUGGACCAGCCAGUCAGCAUGUCAGUAACAGCACUAUGACAGUCAGCCCCCCCACUCCAGUCCUGACCAGGGGACAAGUUGUUGAAGACCACCGGGACAUAUACAGAAAAGAAGCACUCAGGAAGGGCAAAUGUCUCUCCAUAGGCAUCCAGGUGGAUGGACCAGAGGAGAUUCCGGAUUUAGAGGACCCAUCCAAGUUCACCUCUGUAGGGGUACAAGUAGAGGAUGACAGAGGGUAUCGUCGAUUCCAGCGCUCCAACAGUGUGACAGCAGCUGUACAGGCAGAUCUGGACAUGCCGGACCUGCUGGACACCCCUCUAGACUCCCCAGACACUGACAUGGAAGUCAUGUCAUCUGGUGCCAUCUCUCGACAAUACUCCCGCGAUGCUGCCACCUCUACUGUCAGCAUUCAGGGCUCAGGGAACCACUACCACGCCUGUGCCUCCGAUGACUAUGAUGAUGUGGGCUUUGACCCGUCCAUCCUCCCCCCUCCAGACCCCUGGAUAGACAGCGUAACAGAUGACUCACUUGAUGUCAACUUCAACAGCUCUGCUAUUCUGGAGGUGGUGCAGCGGUCAGUGUGUCACAGAGAUGGACGCUGGUUUCUGAAGCUGCUGCAGGCUGAGACUGACCGCAUGGAUGGCUGGUGUCGACAGAUGGAGCUCGACCAGCGGGAGAAUGACCUGCCUGAAGAUAUCCUCGGGAAGAUGAGGAGUGCUGUAGGAAGUGCUCAGCUACUGAUGUCCCAGAAGUUUCAGCAGUUCAGGGAGCUGUGUGAAGAGAAUCUGAACCCCAAAGCCCACCCUCGUCCUGUGGCCUCAGACCUGGCUGGUUUUUGGGAUAUGCUUCAGCUGUCAAUUGAGAAUAUAAGCCUAAAGUUCGAUGAGCUACACCAGCUCAGAGCCAACAACUGGAGACCCCUGGAUCCCCCUGAAAGAAAGGAGAGGCGGCUCCCACCUCCAGUGCCAAAAAGGCCACCCAAGGGCCCACACCACCACCCCCCUCUGGCCAGAGACCGCUCACUGGAGAGCUCAGAGAAACAACGACAGGAGGCCAGGAAGCGUCUGAUGGCCGCUAAGAGAGCCGCAUCCGUACGGCAAAACUCAGCUACGGAGAGCGCUGACAGCAUCGAGAUUUACAUCCCCGAGGCUCAGACAAGGCUAUGAGGACACUACCAGGGACAAACAGGGUUGACAUGCAGGACACAUACAAACACAAUAUACACAACACAAACACAAAAAUGUAUGGUUGUCCAAACCAAGGUACAGGGGUGUAACCAAAAUUUUUUAAAGAGAAAUCAAGCCUCAAUUUACCCUAUCCAGUCACUAGAGACCAACAUAUUCACCUGAAUGUAAAGUUAUUUAAAGUGCACACUUAUUCAUAGCUAUGCCAACAACCUGGUAUUGCAGGGAUUUCAAGAGUAGAGCUGUGCAAAGUAAAACAAACUGUGAUGUUGGGUAAUAUUGAGAAGACAUGUCGAUUUAGAACACCCUUGAUAGCAGCGUCUAUCUCAUCUAUCAGUGGUUGCCAUUGUAGUUACUAUCCCCAAAUUGGAUUCAGAGCAUGGA